UCCUGCUUGGUGAGGUGAUCGGGAGGAGGAUGAAAAAUAAUUUGACGAUUCUUUAACGGUAGAAAAUGAAAUGUUUACGAUUUUCAAUAAUGGCAGCUAGAGGGCAUUUACGUGGCGUCGAAGAAGCAUGCGCAUCGUAUGAUAUUCAGUUCCAUCCCCACCUACCGAUCGUCCAAUAAUCUUCGUCGCUUUUACCGCCAUUCUCAGUAGUAGGAUGCAGCUCCGCCUAAGGAAGAGACAAAGUGAUGUGACGCCGCUAGUAGAAGCGAUGCGGGAUUAGUUCUUGGUUUUGAUUUCUGAGCGCUGUGUUUUGACGCUGUCAUUCGCUGUCAUCACUUGUGUCUCGAUCCCUGCGCUAGGAAAACUUAGAGUAUCUUCGAGGUACCUUAACAAUCCUUAGCAUAGGAUAGUUUACUAUUAUAAACAAGUCGACCAUGCAGCAGUGCCAAGCGAAUUUUGAGGACUUCGAUCCGGCAACUAUGACCAUAUGCUGCGUGCCGUCUUUAUGUCAUGUGGGCAAACCUAUCAGUUUCGAAAAUUUAUCGGAAGCCGUGAAAGUCAUUUGCAACAACGACAGUUGUUUGGAAGGAGAAUAUAUGCAUAAAAUGUGUUUCGAUCAGUGGGAGCAUUCUGUGUUGACAUUCUUGCGUUCCACGGGUCGCGCUCGGAGUUGGAGUGAAAAGCAGCGAUUGCAGAACUUAUGGACGAAGAAAGGUUAUGAUUUGGCUUACAAAGCUUGUGGUUGCAAGUGUGGGAAAGGGCAUCUUCGCAAAGAUCUGGACUGGAUGACACCUCUCCCACCAAUUGACGAUCAAAAAAGGAAAAAACAUCGCAAGAAGAAAAAUGAUAAACCAUGUUUGUCCAUCACCGGUACCAAUGUUCCAGUAGCCAAGCCUGUGUUGCCAGUGAGCCAGCAAGUUCCUUUCAGCAGACUCCGUAGUUCUAGUAUCUCCAGCACCAGCUCCACAUCUGGGAGCCCUCCUAAUUCUGCGUCUUCUGAUUGUCCAUUAUCUCCGUCUUGGGGACAGAAAAGCUUCUUGCCGGAACGAAGGGAACGUCACUCCAGCGGUACCCUGUUCAGCCGACGACAGGAUUACUCGUCUUUCAAUUCUCUACCACGUAACAAAAUUAAUUCGUAUCACAUUAAAAUCGAAGAUGAGGGUAAUCAAGGCAAUGAUGAAAUUAGGUGCUUCAUUUUGUCUACUCUCAGUGCAAACAAAACUGCUAACAUUAACUGUAUAUUUUGCCACAAUCAUAUGAUAAUUUUCGAUCGAUAUCCUCUGAUAGAUGGAACUUUUUUCAUCUCUCCUCGCCAGUAUUCCAGUGGUUCCAUUCCUGUUAAAGUUGAUUGUUUUGUUCAUUACCUUAAUGCUAUAUGUAUGUGCUGUUUAGAGGGUUGGAAUUCCAUCCUUGUAUGCAAAUGUUGCCAAAGUAGAUGGGUUGGUAGUGACUUAAUCCUAGGCACCAUGUAUUCGUAUGAUGUUAUCGCAGCUACUCCUUGUUGUCAAGAGCGUUUGAAGUGUAACAAUUGUCAAAAGAUUAUAAUGUUAGCCGAACGUAGGCUACAAUUUUUCAGUGACUAUAGUCGUAAUAUAGCCUGUACUAAUUGUGGUGCAGUUGAUUACCAUUUUAUAAAGCCGUUAUCAACUUAUGAUGUUAAAAAUAAUUCUUGUUAAAAGUGUUCCUAGUUAGUUUUGUGAAGGUAAUUUUUUUUUUUUGCUAAAUGUAUCUCGAGUAUCCUAUCUCUCUUGUUAAUCUGUUUUGAUAGUUACAUUGCUAAGAACUUUUUUACUGUGCUAAAAUGUUUAUAUUUGUUGUCAAUCAACUAUUAAUUUCUUGCAUUCAAGAUAACCCUUAUGUGUACAUAGUUAUUUUUUGGGCAAAAGAUACUGCAAUUUACUUUUGAAUUUUUACUGUACAACUUGAACUAACUUGCUGUUUAGUGUGCUUUAUUGAAAUGUACGUCAUACAGAAAAAUUGACAUUUCAUGUUUAAAAAUUAUUUUGAAAAAUUCUAAAAGUAUUUUAGGUAUAAAAUUUGGACAAAAGAGUAAGAGCUUUUUUUUUUUUCUCAGUGAUUUGGAAAUUCUUUUAGUUUCAUAACAUUUUGAUUAGUAUAUUCAAUACGAAGGCCAAAAUAUUUCAACUGAAUAGCAAUUUGAACUGUAAGGAAGAUACCAGUUUCAGCAUUUUUAAUGUAUAUUUUAUUAUUUGUAGUUAACCAGAGCUUCAUUUCUCAAAAGAAAUAUGGCAGCCCUAUAGUUUACAGAAUGUAUUUCUUAAUGAAUAUAAUUAUUCAAGAAGGAAGUUUCCCAGACAUACUUGCUGUUUUGACAUAUAUGAAUAACAUGCUGGAAAGGACCAGGCCAGGUUUAUUGAAAACUAAGGGACUCCAAGAUAUUUCAGAAUGCUAGCUGAGGCAGGGCUGAUUUUAGGACCUGCAG